UUUGUCUAAAAAAAAAGUGCAAACCCUCCUCGCCCGAUUCUUCCCAAAUUCCCCAACCAUGGCGGCUGUAGCCGUCACACGCCGGAGGCUCUCGGCGCUCCUCCUCUCCUCCCGCGCGAUUCCCCGUCGCCUCCUCCUCCUCACCGGCGCCGCCGCCUCUGCGCCCUCAGCCCACCCCUCUCCGUGGGCGCCGCCGUCGCGAGGGGCGAAGACGGCGCUGCCGGGAAGGCCCGGGUAUUCUCCGCUUAACGACCCGUCCCCGAACUGGAGCAACCGGCCACCCAAGGAGACCAUCCUGCUGGAUGGCUGCGACUACGAGCACUGGCUCAUUGUCAUGGAGUUCCCCGCCGACCCCAAGCCCUCCGAGGAAGAUAUGGUGGCCGCCUACGUCAAGACCCUCACCGCUGUGCUCGGAAGUGAGGAGGAGGCAAAGAAGAAGAUCUACUCAGUAUGCACUACAACUUACACAGGGUUUGGUGCGUUGAUUUCGGAGGAGUUAUCAUACAAAGUUAAAGGAUUGCCGGGAGUUCUUUGGGUAUUACCUGAUUCAUAUUUGGAUGUGCCUAACAAGGAUUAUGGAGGUGAUCUCUUUGUAGAUGGCAAAGUCAUUCAUAGGCCACAAUUUCAGUUCACUGAGAGGCAGCAGGUAAGGAGCAGACCUCGUCCCCGCUAUGACAGGCGACGAGAGACUAUGCAGGUUGAGCGAAGAGAAACUAUGCAGAGAGGUCCUUCAGUACAAGAGCACAGACCUCCGUUUUCUAAGCAGGUUGCUCAAAAUAAUGGGCAGCAUGAAAUCGUACCGCCAGGAAGGAACUAACUUCAUUCUACCUUAGUAUGGAUAAUGAGGUUGGGAGUAACCCUUCUCUUUUCCUUAUUUCUAUGUGAACUUUGUUUUGCAUUGUAGCAACAAAAAAAAUGAAAGAGACCUGUGGUUGGAUA